UGAGCAUUUUUCUCCGCUUGUAGUUGUAAUAAAAGAAAUAAGAAAGAAUAAUGAUAACGAUAAUGGGAGUGAUUAAUACAAGGCAAACCAAUUUAAACAAAUAAACAAGCAACCACGAAGCAUAUGAAAAGAAUUUCCCGUUUGAUUUCUUGUGUAGCUUUCCACAGUAGGUAGAGGUUUUGAAGAAACAGAGGACGUUUCUGCUCUCUUCACUUUUGUGAAAGCUAUGGAUGCAAAACCCAAGAGAAGAACUGUUGUAGAGAAUGGGGAUGGGGGAGAGGAUUUAGUACUUGCAACUCUGAUCGGCAAUGGGGAUGAUUUGGGCCCCAUUGUUAGGCAUGUAUUUGAAAUGGGGCGACCUGAAUCACUCCUUCAUCAGCUUAAGGGCGUUGUGAAGAAGAAGGAAGCUGAGAUUGAGGACCUCUGCAAGAGCCAUUAUGAGGAGUUCAUUCUUGCUGUUGAUGAGCUUCGUGGUGUCUUGGUUGAUGCUGAGGAGCUAAAAAGUGAGCUUGCAAGUGACAAUUUUAGGUUGCAGGAGGUAGGGAGCGCCCUCUUGAUUAAACUUGAGGAACUUCUUGAAUCUUAUUCAAUAAAGAAGAAUGUCACUGAAGCUAUCAAAAUGUCAAAGAUUUGUCUUCAAGUUUUAGAACUUUGUGCUAAGUGUAACGGCCACAUGUCUGAAGGCCAGUUUUACCCUGCACUGAAAACCGUGGAUUUAAUUGAGAAGAAUUACUUGCAGAACAUUCCUGUGAAGACACUUAGAAUGACAAUAGAGAAGACAAUUCCAGUGAUAAAAUCACAUAUUGAGAAGAAAGUGACUAGUCAAUUUAACGAGUGGCUAGUUCUUUUGAGAAGUUCUGCAAAAGAUAUUGGGCAAACAGCAAUUGGCCAUUCUGCAUCAGCUCGCCAGAGGGAUGAGGAGAUGCUGGAACAUCAGAGGAAAGCAGAGGAACAAAAUGUUUCAGGGUUGGGAGAUUUUGUGUAUACUUUAGAUGUUGAGGAACUUGAUGAAGAUUCCAUUUUGAAGUUUGACCUUACUCCUCUUUAUCGGGCAUAUCAUAUCCAUGCAUGCCUUGGAACCCAGGAGCAAUUUCGUGAAUAUUACUAUAGGAAUAGGCUAUUGCAGCUCAAUUCGGACCUGCAAAUAUCUCCCUCUCAACCAUUCGUUGAAUCUUACCAAACAUAUUUGGCUCAAAUUGCAGGAUACUUUAUAGUAGAAGAUCGUGUCUUGAGGACUGGUGGUGGUCUUUUGUUAACAGAUCAGGUUGAGACAAUGUGGGAAACAGCUGUAACUAAAAUCACUUCUGUUCUGGAGGAACAGUUUUCUCGUAUGGAUUCUGCUACUCAUCUUCUUUUGGUGAAGGAUUAUAUUACUCUUCUUGGGGCAACGCUUGGACAUUAUGGGUAUGACGUGGGCCAAAUUCUUGAGGUGGUCGACAAUAGCCGGGACAAGUACCAUGGGCUACUUCUGGGGGAGUGUCGGGAGCAAAUUGUUAAUGUUCUUGGCAACGAUACCUAUGAGCAAAUGGUAAUGAAAAAGGAUACUGAUUAUGAGAAUAAUGUCCUGUCCUUCUCUCUCCAGACCACAGAUAUAAUGCCAGCUUUCCCAUACAUUGCACCAUUCUCCUCCAUGGUACCAGAUGCGUGCCGCAUUGUUAGAUCAUUCAUUAAAGGGUCUGUUGAUUACUUGUCUUACGGGUUGCAUACUAAUUUUUAUGAUGUUGUGAAGAAGUAUUUGGAUAAGUUCUUGAUUGAUGUAUUAAAUGAAGUUAUUUUAAGUACAAUUCACAGUGGAGCAGUUGGUGUCUCUCAAGCCAUGCAGAUUGCUGCAAACAUAUCUGUCCUUGAAAGAGCUUGUGACUUUUUUCUUCGACAUGCAGCCCAACUAUGUGGUAUUCCAGUCAGAUCAGUUGAGAGACCUAAGGCUGUUUUAACUGCCAAGGUGGUCCUGAAAACUUCUAGGGAUGCAGCAUAUCUUGCUCUGCUGAAUUUGGUGAACACCAAGUUGGACGAGUUUAUGGCACUUACAGAAAAUAUUAAUUGGACUUCAGAGGAGCAAUCACAAAAUGGGAGUGAGUAUAUAAAUGAGGUGGUAAUUUACCUUGACACUCUUCUUUCAACAGCACAGCAGAUUUUACCUUUGGAUGCUCUAUACAAGGUUGGAAGUGGAGCUCUGGAGCAUAUUUCAAAUUCCAUUGUUGCCGCAUUUCUUAGCGAUAGUAUCAAGAGAUACAAUGCUAAUGCAGUUUCAGCUCUCAACAAUGAUCUAGCAAUGUUAGAGAAUUUUGCUGAUGAAAGGUUUCAUAGCACUGGCCUCAGUGAAAUAUACAAAGAAGGUACUUUUAGAGGCUGCUUGAUAGAAGCAAGACAAUUGAUUAACCUUUUGUCUAGCAGUCAAGCAGAGAACUUCAUGAAUCCUGUGAUAAGAGAGAGAAACUACAAUACGUUGGAUCAUAAGAAGGUGGCCUGCAUUGUUGAAAAAUUCAAGGACUCUCCUGAUGGAAUCUUUGGUAGCCUUUCAAACAGAAACACCAAACAAAGUGCAAGAAAGAAAUCACUGGAUGCACUGAAAAGAAGAUUGAAGGAGUUAAACUGACGAGUCUUCAAAAUAUGUCCAUCUGCAUCAGGAGUAGUAACCCCGUCUUUUUCAAAACCAGCCCCCCCUCCCUUUUUUGAGUUGCAUUUUUUUCCUCAAUUGGUUAAGGUUAGCAGGAAUGAGUUCUUUUCAGUUUCAUGUUGAUUAAUUUCUUUUAAUAAAGAUUUUUUUUUUUUUUUGGUCCAUGCUAUUAAGGGUUUUCUCCCUAAAACUGAGUUCUUCUUCAUCAUAUAUAUACAUAUCUUUUCUUCCUAUUUGAGAAAAUAGGAUGAGCAAAAACUAAGACCAAUUAUUUUGAGAUGCACCAGAGUCUUCUGCCUUUGUGCUUCUCCAAUCUCACAAAUUUUGUUGUGUAGCAUAGCUUUCGACUUUUGGUGGUUGUUUCAAUGAGGAAGAAUUCAAUAUACACAUACAAUUCUUUUAA